AUGUCAAAAGUGUACUCUAAAUCGCAAACCGUUUCGCCGGGUAAACCUCAAAAUAUAUUUGUUACGGCACUUCCAUCUUCAGUUUCUGCACCCUCUUUACUUUCAUUACAAAAACCAAACAAUGGAGCAGGGUCACACAGAAAACAAAGACAAAAUAGUGGAAGUUCUAAAAAUAGACCCAACCUCCCUCUCGACCAAAUAAAAUCCACAGAAAGAAAAAAUAGUGGAAACAAAUCAAAUAAUAAUAAUAAUAAAAAUAGAAAAUAUAGUAAAAACAAUUCAAAUGUUAAUAGUAAUAAUAUAAAUAGUUCAAGUAUUGUAAUAAAAUGUGAAGAGCAACAACAACAACAACAACAACAACAACAACAACAACAACAACAACAACAACAACAACAACAACAGCAACAAGAUGGAUUUCUAAAAUCACAAGAAUUUCCAAAUUUAUUUAAAAAUAAGCUAUACCUAAAGGAUGAUAUAUCCUCACCAUCUUCCUCUUCGUCUACUUCAUCACCUUCCUGUCUUUCAUCAUCAUCUUCUUCAACAUUUUCACAAAGUGAAAUAGCUGAAAAUAAAGAUGAUAUUAAUAAUAAUAACUGUAAUAAUACAAAUGGAAAUUUUGAAGAAGAGGAAGAAGAAGAAGAAAAGAAUAAAGUUGAGCAACAAUCAAUUGAAGAGGAGACAUUUAUAGAAUCUUCCUUUGAGGAAACAAAAGAAGUUGUAGAAGAAGUACCUUUUGAAGAGCAAUUUGAAAUUCUACCAAUAUCUAUUGGAGAGGAAACUUUAAAGGAAUAUACUUCAUUUUUAAGUGUUUUAUCCGAAUUAAUUGUAGACAUGUAUAAUGAUGAUGAUAAAUCAUCAACAUCUUCACAAUCAUCAUCAUCAUCAUCAUCAUCCUCUGCUCCAUCUUCACCAAAACCAAUAAAAAAUAAUGAUAAUAAUACAACUACAACUACAACCACAACUGCAACCACCACAACAACAUCAAAAACAGCAACAUCAUCUCUAAGCACCAUUGAAAAGUUUCAAGUUUUUAAUGUUGAUCAAAUACCAGAAAUUUCUAUUGAAGCUUAUAUUGAAAGAGUUUUUAAAUAUUUACCAUUUGGAACAGAUAUUUUUAUAUUCUCCACCAUUUAUUUGGAUAGAUUAAUCCAAUGGAAUCAAGAAAUUCAAAUUUCACCAUUAAAUAUUCACAGAUUAUUCAUGGCAUCCAUAAUAGUGGCCUCGAAAUUCCAUAAUGAUAAAGCUUUAAAUAAUAGAUAUUAUGCUCAAGUUGGAGGAAUCUCAUUAUUUGAAAUGAAUCAAUUGGAAAUACAUUUCUUGCUCUUAUUAAAUUGGAAAUUACAUAUUGACCCAGAGAUAUUUGAUGCUUUUAAAACUUCAAUCCAAUCUAAAAUCGAUAUAUUGGAUAUGAAAAUAAGAAAAUUAAGUAAUAAUGGCAAUAUUAAUAAUGAAAGUAAUAAAGAAAAUAUUGUAAUAAAAACAACUGAAGAAAAAGUUAAAAAUAGUGAAAUUCAUAUAAAUUCGAAUAAUAAUGAUUGUAAUAAUAAUAAUAAUAAUGCUACAGUAACAACAAACCCAACCCCAAACCCAAACCCAACAAUAACAACAACCUCAACAACAACAACAACAACCACAACAACAAUACCAACACCAUCAACACAAUCAAAUAACAACAAUUGUAACAAUAGCACAAAAAGAUAUGUAACAUUAGUAGAAACUGAUAAAAAUAAUUCAAAACCAAAAACAAAGUACAAUAGCAGUAAUAAAUCAACAAAUAAUGGAGGUACAAGCCAAUUUUCACGUAUACUUAAUAAUAGAGGUUCAAAAAAUGUAUCAUAUCACCACCCAAAUUAUUUGACCUACCCUUUGGCAGCUCCACAAACAAAUUAUCAACCACAACAACAGCAACAACAAACUUAUUAUCAACCACCACAUCACCAACAACAAUAUUAUCAACAACAACAAUAUUAUUCAAAUUAUCAAUACAACCAACAAUUGUCAUAUUAUCAACAACAACAACAGCACUAUGAUGACUACUAUCAACAACAACAAAUUCCAAUACCACCACAACCUCAAAAUUAUAUAUAUCAGCAACCAUACCAUUCUACUUCUUCAACAUCUUCAACAAAUAUUUAUAUAGGUAAAAGUGGAACACCAUCUUCACCAAAUAUGAAUGAUAUUUGUGGUGGAGUUAGUGAGUCUUAUGAUUCACAAAUUCCAUCUAGUUUCGGAAGUAGUAGUGGAAGUGGUAGUGUUGGAAGUUGUACAAGUAGUAGCAUUGGAAGUACAACAGCUGGAAGUGCCUCUCAAUAUCAACCCCAUUCUUGGCAAAAUGCUUAUUAUUAUGGUGGAGUUGCAACUUCUCAAUUUUCAUAUCAUACACCAACUUAUCAAUAA